CAAUUUUAAAAGGGAUUAUUGCUCCUCUUUCCCAGCGCCGACCUCCCCUUCCUUUCCCAGUUUCCAGCUGGGGGGGUGGGGGUGGGGGUAAGGGAGAAAACCCGACUCGCAUCGUCCCCGGAGAGCUGGAAAAGGAGGGUGGUGGAAGGAGGCGCAUCGGUGAGUUCGCCGCGACCCAGGGGCUGCCUCUUUAAGAAGCGCAGCUGGAGCUGCAGGGAACAUCUGGCCGGAAAGGAGAGAGAGGGCGCACGCUGGGGGAGGGGGGCCAGGGCCUCUUCCCGGGUCUCCCGCAUUGCAGCUAGGGAAAGGGCAUCUGAAUCCGCCUAGGAUUUGCCCCCUCCUAGAUGUCAAUCCCUCGAGGGCACGUCGAGAUCCACGGAGUCAGGGCAUCUUUUAAGGGGAUCCCCCCCCCUUCCUAGAUAGAAUCUGUCUCCCCCAGGGAAACGGGCCGGUGUGUCCUGGGGAGAGGGAGGAAGGGGAAAGGGCUUCCCCCAGAGUUGCAUGCCGGAAGGGGGAAAGGAAAGCGAUUUCCGCGCAGGAGGAUCCCGAUCUGAUUUUCUCUCGAAUCCCGACGACCAGUUUUCCUUUGUCUAUGGGCCAUGCGUUUCCCCAGGCAGCGUUUCCUUCCUGCACCUAGGAAAUCCCCGGCCUGCAAAACCACUCCCUGGAUCUUCCAGCCGGCGGGCUACCGAAUAGGCCGCAGCCGCCCUUUAUGUACCCGUGAUCCCUCCAUAUGCAACUUUUCAGCCGUUCAACUCAUUUAUUCAUCCAUCACAUAUUUCUCAUCGGCCAUCUCUCCUGCACCAUAGAUUACUAUUCCUCUAGCUAUUCCCUUCCUUCUUUCCCCCCUUUUUUGUCCAUCAUCCGUGGUCACAGGAGCCCCCAAUAUUUUAUAUAAGUUGGCACCCCUGGCCUUGGUCCAUAUUUUGGUGGAGCUGGAGAUGCUGUUCAGUAAAGAGCUUCCUAGGUCUAAACCACAGAGCCUAGAGCUUGCUGAUCAGAAGGUUGGCGGUUUGAAUCCCCGUGAUGGGGUGAGCUCCCGUUGUUUGGUCCCUGCUCCUGCCAACCUAACAGUUCGAAAGCACGUCAAAGUGCAAGUAGAUAAAUAGGUACCGCUCCGGCGGGAAGGUAAACGCGUUUCCGUGUGCUACUCUGGUUCACCAGAAGCAGCUCAGUCAUGCUGGCCACAUGACCCGGAAGCUGUCUGCGGACAAACGCCGGCUCCCUCGGCCAAUAAAGCGAGAUGAGCUCCGCAACCCCAGAGUCAGUCACGACUGGACCUAAUGGUCAGGGGUCCCUUUAUCUUUACCACCAUUGCAAGAAUGUUAAGGGCUGCUAUCAAGAGAAUGCCUAAACAGGUGGCUUCCCCUGCUCCUUUAAUGCUAUUACAGAACAGAGGACCUACAAAAAAUGUAGUACAGUGCGGCUUUGUGGGUGGGUUGUGCACCAUUGCUACAUGUGCAAUGUGCCCAUCACUGCUGUGCCUGUUGCUUGGCUUAAGAAGAAUUACCAUUGUGAGAUGAUUCCAGGAUCUAGGCAGAUUCAGAACACCUACCUGAGCUUUUGUGGAAGUAAGCAUGUGAUGAAACUAAUCCUUAGCUUGCUCUGUGUUCAGAGGGAGUGGUGGAGGCUUAAAGUAAAAUGCAGAUAUGCAUGUUCUGCAACUCUAUACAACCUGAGUACCCAAAUCAGCGCAUGCUGGCAUGGAUCUCAGCAGCCUGGAAAUCCCACCUGGCCUUGCCUCUGGAGACGGGCACAUGUGCUAGAGCUUGCACACUAGCUAUGGGGAGGGGAUUUCUCAGCUACCUACCCGUCUUGACAUCCCUUUGUCUCCUGCUUCUUCCAGGCUGCGGCCAUGGCCACAUUCACCCGGGAAGAGUUCUACCAGCAGCUCCUGAGCGGCUGCGUGUUGCCUACCGCUCAGCAAGGCUUUGAGCAGGUCUGGACCCUUCUGCUCUUGUGCCUCGUGUGCCGUCUCCUCUGGAGAUUGGGUAAGUGCAGACAAUCUUAGGCACGCAGUCCUCCAGGGCAUUCAUCAGACCCAUAAGGAAGUCUGCAUUACAACCCUAUAUUGCUUUCACUCAUGAUCUGCAUCUAAAUCCACCUUCCCACAGGUCUCUUGCUUUGUGCAAUUGCAUCACAGUGGAAAGAAGACUGUUUAGAAGUAAUGCCAAACCAUGGUUUGAUGUUAUGAGAAUGAGUCUUGGGAUUCCAUGCCCCCGCCCACUAGAUUUGAUAAUAAUUGGGGAACACAUGGCCCUGCAGAUGGCUUGGAAUCUACUUGAUCCCCUCCUCCUCUUUCCUUUUUCCUUUCUCCUUCUGUGAUGGAACUCCUAUUUGGGGACUUCCCUGGCUGUUUUCUGGCCCACAUAGGACCAGUCUGGAUAGUUGGCCUUGGUGAAGAUUUGAUGUUUUCAUCCCCAAAAAGUUUUUGAUUUGAGUUUCUACUGAAAUGAGGCUGCAUUUUAAUGUUGUACUUAAUCUUGUUUUUAAGUUGUAUUUUAAUCAAUUGUUUUUACCUGGUGUUAGCUGCCCUGAGCCCAGUCUUGGCUGAGGAGGGUGGGGUAUAAAUAAAAUUUAUUAUUAUUAUUAAUGGCAACAGUCGAGGGUGAUAGGACCUGUAGCCCAAAACAUCUGGAUGGCACCCCAUUGGUCACCUGCUGGGGAUUUAGGCACACACAUGGUGCCUCAUUUUCCUCCUGCUGCAACAACCACAGCUCUCUCUCAGUCUGAAUGUCAUGGCUAAGCUACAUCCCUGGACCGUAAGCAACAGCAGAGAUUAAAUGGAGGGCAGAGUUCCAGGCAGACGGGACUGAUGCUCAGGGAGAGAGGAGCCGAAGCGUCAUUCCCUCCACCCAAAGCUCAAGCGUUUCCCUUUAUUUGUAGUGGACCUGCUGUUUUCAGCAUUCCCCUUUCAAAGUGGCUUUUGCCUACCAGGUCCUAAUGCAAGCCCCAGCUUUCUUUCACCCUCUAGUUACAGCUCCUACCCUUCUUACAACUGCUGUUUCAUAUGUAGCGUAAAAUGACCCGGGAGGGGACUCUUGAGUGUCUUCUUUCUCUUCCAAGGUAAAUACACAGCUGGUGAGUCUGGAGGAGGGAUCGUGAGGGAGAGGACAUAGCUCAGUGAUGGGGCACCUGAUUUGCACACAGAAGGUUCCAAGUUCAAAUCCCCACUUAAAAGGAGCAGGGAUUGGUGAUGUGGAAGGCCUGAGACUGUGGAGAGCUGCUGUCCAUGUCAGUGGGCAAUACUGGGCCAGAUAGACAAAACAGUCCAUGCCCCUUCCAAACCAUCCAUUUCAAACCACUUUAAAUAGUCAUGGCUUCCCUCAAAGCAUCCUGAGAGCAGUAGUUUGUUAAGGGUGCUGAGUGCUGUUAGGAGGCGCCUUUUCCCCUCACGGAGCUACAAUUCCCAGCGUUCCCAGGGAUAGGGAUUGACUGUUAAAACCACUCUGGAAUUCAUUAUAUAUCAUUUCCCAAUAGGCUUUACCUUUUUAUAAUGAAUUUAAGAAAACGUUGAAAAUAACAUUUGUAUAAAAAAAAAAACCCGGAAGCCUUCUUACUAGGUAUUUUAGGCCAAGACAUACCGAAAGAAAAGAGGACUUUAUUUAUGGAUGCUGCUACAGCCGCAAUAAUGUUGAUUGCACAAAAUUGGAAGACUGGAGAAAUACCAACUAAAGAACAAUGGCAAGAGAAGUUGGUGAACUGUGCAGAACUGGCAAAAAUGACAGACUAAGAGAAAAAGACAACAGUGACUUUGAAAAAGAAUGGGAACCAUUUAUAUUAUACUUGCAGAAAUAAAGAAAGUCGAUAGACUUAAUGGCAGGAUUUAAAUAAACAUUCACACUAUUAGUAUUAGAAAAUGUCUAGAAGAUAGAGAAAUAUUAUGGUGCAUUUACUUUUAUUUUUAUGUUUUUAGGUUUGAUGUUAUGUUAUUAAUAACUUUUUCUGUUAGGAGGUAGCAAAGUGGGAGAAAAGAGAAACAAACCAGAAGUGGAAGUUGGGGGAAGCCUAGGAGGGGAGGGAGGAAGGAAUACAUAGUAAAUGUUAAGACUUUGAGAUGUAUGUAAUGAAUGCAAAAGAAAAAUGAAUUACAUAUAUAUAUAUAUAUAUAUAUAUAUAUAUAUAUAUAUAUAUAUAUAUAUGGACCACUCUGGAAAUUGUAGCUCUAGGAGGGUAAUUGGGGUCUCCUGACAACAUUCUGCACCUCGUAACAAGCUGCAUUUCCCACAAUGCUUUGGGGGAAACCAUGACUGUUGAAGUGCUAUGAUACUGCUUUAGAUGUAUAGUGCAGAUGGGGCCAUGGGCAGCUUCCUAUGUUCCCUGACCUUCUCUCCACCUGACCUCCAUUUUCCUCUCUGGCCUUCUCCUCGCAGCUCUGCCAUCCUACGUCAAGCACCUGAGCACAGUCGCUAGCGGCUUCUAUGCCCUCUACCACUUCUUCCAGCUGCAGAUGGUCUGGGUCGUCCUCCUCAGCCUCCUGUGCUACCUGGUGCUGUUCCUGUGUCGCCACUCAACCCAGCGCGGCGUCCUCCUCUCCAUCACCAUCCUCAUCUACUUGCUCAUGGGGUGAGUGCGGGUGAGGAGCAGGGAGGGAGGGCUGCUCACAGGUUGCUAUAGUCCUAAACGGUUGGCUGGAUGAAGAGAGUAGUUAAUGGGAAUCUGAGUGCAACAGAAGUUAAGAAGAUCUGGACAACUGUGGAGCAAAGCUGGCAGCUUGGUGAUAGGAGAAACCACUACUUAAUAUACAUAUUAAAAGAAUUGGAAGGGAACCCUCAGGGUCAUCUAGUCCAUGGGUAGGCAAACUAAGGCCCGGGGGCUGGAUCCGGCCCAAUUGCCUUCUAAAUCCAGCCUGCAGGCGGUCCGGGAAUCAGCGUGUUUUUACACGAGUAGAAUAUGUCCUUUUAUUUAAAAUGCAUCUCUGGGUUAUUUGUGGGGCAUAGUCAUUGGUUCAUAUUUUUUCCCAGAAUAUAGUCCGCCCCCCCCCAAGGUCUGAGGGACGGUGGACCGGCCCCUUGCUGAAAAAGUUUGCUGACCCCUGAUCUAGUCCAACCCCGUACUAUGCAGGAAUCCAGCCCACAGCCGUCCCUGGGUGGGCUCGAACCACCAGCCUUCUGGUUCACAGCCAGACAUACUGACCCAUUGCGCCACCUGAGGGAUCAUAACCAUUUCCCAUCUUUGACCUUCUCCCCUUCUUCCCCCGCCCUUCCUUUUUGCAGGGAGAUGCACAUGGUGGACACCGUGAGCUGGCAUAAGAUGAGAGGUGAGUGUUUUGUGGAUCUUCUCUUUCUAGGCCCUGAUCAAGCCUUGGGGGAUCGUAGGAUAAGACGUUGGAGCUUGCUGGGGCUAGUCAGUGUGUGUGUGUGUGCGCGCGCGCAUGUGUUUGUGGAAUGUGCUCCCUUUCCAAAAACUUAAAGUUUGCUCCAAGUGCAGCGUUCGUACUUAUCACUCUGCAGGGAACAGAUAAUAGGGCGCUCUGAGCAAAGAGGACACCCAUAUUCUGUGCCUGGCUUUGGGAAGUGGGAAUGGAACCGAAGGGACUGUGAGGCAGCCAGGGCUUCUGGGAUUUGGCCUUGACUGGGUCUCAAAGGGAAACCGGUUGUUUUCCGAAGGCGGGUGGGAUAAGCCAGGUGUUUCCUCCAGGCAGAGCAUCUCAUGUCCCCAUGUGUUCCAUUUAUCUUUUCUACCUGUCACUACAUUCUGCGGCUAACACAACAUGCUUGGUUCUCAUUGGGUUUGGGGGUUUUUUUGCAGAGAGGUGGGUUCUCUUUAGGGUUUUGAAAUAUAGUACUUCUUCGACUCUUGAGUUUGGCUCCUUGUUUCUCAGUGGCUCUCUUUUGUCUACAAUCCUCCUGGCACUCAGCUCCUGAAUUUUCCAUUAAAAGGAAUUAUAUUCCCCUCUAUUUGGCGGUCCCAUUCAGCCACCAUGGACUUGGUAAUAUCUUCUCUCCAUUUGCCUGAUACUUUUUCAAAAGUCAUGUCACAUCUUGGGCAAUGAGGUCCAUAGGUUACCGGCAAGCACUGAAGCACUGAAUCUCUAUUGCGUGUCUGUCUGCUCCCUCCCACAAGGUGCCCAGAUGAUUGUGGCAAUGAAGGCUGUGUCGCUGGGCUUUGAUCUGGACCGGGGCGAGGUGCCAGCCAUCCCCUCCCCAGUAGAGUUCAUGGGAUAUAUCUACUUCAUUGGGACUGUCAUCUUUGGACCCUGGUUCCGCUUCCGCACCUACCAGCAGGCCGUGGAAAGCAGGAGAAUGGUGAGCUCAAUAUCGUGUAUUUAUUCCUGGCACAGCAUGGGGAACAGGGCCUGGUUAGUUGGGGGUUUCAGUAAAAGGGCACCAUAUUUGAAUAUUGGAAACCCACAUCCAUCCUACCCAAGAAUUCUAUUCCGUUAUUAUUAUUAUUAUUAUUAUUAUUAUUAUUAUUAUUAUUCCCUGCCCAUCUGACUGGGUUGCCCCAGCCGCUCUAGGUGGCUUCCAACAUAAAUAAAGAUAACGGUAAAGGGACCCCUGACCAUUAGGUCCAGUCGUGGCCAACUCUGGGGUUGCGGCGCUCAUCUUGCUUUAUUGGCCAAGGGUACAGUUUCCGGGUCAUGUGGCCAGCAUGACUAAGCCGCUUCUGGCGAACCAGAGCAGUGCACAGAAAUGCCAUUUACCUUCCCGCCGGAGAGGUACCUAUUUAUCUACUUGCACUUUGACGUGAUUUCAAACUGCUAGGUUGGCAGGAGCAGGGACCGAGCAACGGGAGCUCACCCCGUCGCGGGGAUUCGAACCGCCGACCUUCUGAUCGGCAAGUCCUAGGCUCUGUGGUUUAACCCACAGCGCCACCCAUGUCCCUCCUCCAACAUAAAUAAAAACAUUUUUUUUUAAAUUAAACAUUAAAAAGACUUCCCUAUACAGGGCUGCCUUCAGAUGGCUUGGGGGUUGGAUAACUCCAUACCCGCCAACAUUUCUCUGGUGAAAAUAAGGAUGUACUAAGGAAAAUCAGGACAUUCUGGGAUCAAAUCAGAAUCUGGGAUGGCUUUUGUAAAUCUGUGACUGUUCCUGGAAAAUAGGAAGACUUGGAGGGUCUGCAUCGCUUGAUCAAACACAUUUUGAUUUUGUUCUGUGACCGCCUUGAGUUCUCUGGGUAUAGGGCAGUAUAUUAACAACAACAACAACAAACACCAGCCUUAUAUCUGAUGAGUUGACAUGAAAAGGGUCUCUCAUUUCUAUUCAUACUAAGAUGUGAAAACAGUGUGAAAGUCACACGCCUGUGAUGGUAUUUUCUUUGUCUUUCUCUCUCUCUCCUCUCCUGCAGAGCUUCUCCUGGCUCCAGAAGGUCUGCCUGAGCUUCUUCCUCUGCCUUGUGUGCCUCAUCAUGUCCACUUGUGUGGCCCCCUAUCUCUUCUCUUACUUGAUACCCCUCUACAGCUACAAGCUACUCAGGAAGUAAGUUGGUUGCUCCAAAGAGAUGCUCUGACCUCAGCCCCAGGCUCCCUACAGCUGGCCCAUUGGGUUUGUUAGGGCAGGGGUCUGCAACCCGCGGCUCCGGAGCCGCAUGUGGCUCUUUUACACCUUUGCCGCGGCUCCGGGGCGGAUAUUAGCGAGGGGAGGAGGCGCAUUGUGCGCCCCAACACUCCCCACUGUGGCGGGCGCUGUACUGGCUGUGACGUUGCAUGGGGGCGGUGCAUGCGUUAGUCACGCACCGUCCCGACGUCACCUUCCCGCCCGCUGUCAGAUCGGAGGGCAGCGGCACGCAUGCUUUAAAUGUCGCAAUGGUUUUGCGGCUCCCAGUUUUUUUCCCUUCGGAAACGGGUCCAAGUGGCUCUUUUUGUCUUAAAGGUUGCAGACCCCUGUGUUAGGGAAUCCAGCCAGUAAGCUAAUGGAGAUUUUGAUCUCCUCACAGGCCAGAUUAACCCUGAUGGGAAGUGUGCUGUAGAACAGGCCUCCCAUGAAAUGGCAGGCCCUAAUAUAUUUUUUAAUUACUGGGUGUUUUUAAAGGCAAGUGCACAUUAUUGCCCGAGUUCCUCUCUUCCUCUAUGCCUCUGAAUCAUUCAGAGAGAUGUAUUCCACUUACUUUAAGCUCUUACAAAAACCAAAAAGCUCUCUUGCAAAUACUGGAGGGGGGAGGAGGAAGGUGAAAUAGGGUAUAUGGGAUAUGGUCCUUGACCAUAUAUAUCAGGUCAUUUAAUGCAGGUUAGCUGCCCCUUAACACUCUUUUGCCACCUUGUGACUGGAAUCAGAGUGGCUAAACAUAAGGAACAGGCUGAAUGUUCUCCCCCUUUCUGUGAGUGUUUGUGGGUGAAGCUAUUCCGGAUUCAUUGACCCAGGGUUAGGUUAAUUAACAUGGGGACUAAUUAAUAUGUUUCCUGCUGUGGAAGCUUCUGAAAAUACAAUUCUGGGCAAAGUUCUCAUGAUGUAACAGUAUUGCAUCCCCUGUUCUAAAACUUCAGCUUCUAGCUCAGGCCUGCCCAACGUUAUGAUCUUUGGGCCUGUUGGGCCAAAAUAUGGCAUUUGUCUUCCAUCUGUGAUGCUGUUUCGCACCUAGAGGACAGAGAGGGGUAUGUUUUGUACAGGGUGAGCUACUCUAAACUCUGACCAAUAGCCAUUCUGCUGCUGGCUAUACAGUUCAGAAGGGCUUCCAGCCUUCUCCUUUAAGGCCCUGAGAGAAUUGCUUUCACAUCCACAAGCCAUUUGGCAACUAGGACAGAAGUAAUGAACCUGUGGCCCUCUAGCUUAGAGCUUUCCAAACUGUGAGUCACGGCACAUUAUUGUGUCUGGUGAAGUGUGUAAGUGUGUCACACGAACACUCCGCACGCUCCUACCAGGGCUGGAAAAACAUUAGUUUAACCUCCGGUUUGCUAGUAAAACCAAAUGACUGUGUCACAAAAUGAUGCAUGUCUCAAAAAUGUGUCACCAACAUGAAAAGUUUGGAAAGCUCUGGUCUAGUUGUUGGAUGGCAUCAGCUCCCAGGAGGCCAGUGGUUGAGGAUGAUUGGAGUUGUGUUUCACAACCUCUGGAGAGCCACACAGGUUCCCCAUGCUGGGGCUCUGAUAAGUGCCUGGUAUCUUCACCUUGGGAUAGUUAUUGGGCCUUGGAAUAACCGUAACAGAUAAGGGUGCUGUGGCCCUUGGCUGUGGGUGUGAGGAACCUGUGGCCCUCCCGAUGUUGCUGCAGGAUCCCGUUUUAAGACUGACGCUGCAGAAACAGUACCGUACUUUUCCGUGUAUAAGACUAUGUUUUUUCUCUUUUAAAAUCAUGCUAAAAAUUGGGGGUCAUCAUAGGGUGGAUGUUUGAUUGGUUGAUGCUGCAGCUGUCAGCAGCUAUUGUGCAUGUUAUUGGUUGCUGUGUCAAUGGGUGAUGUUGAUUGGCUGAUGCUCUGGCAGUUGGGUGGGCAAUUGGCAGCUUCUGCCAGUGAUGGGACAGACGGGAGGCAGAUUUGGCGACGUGUGCGGGUGAGCGAUUUUCGGCAAUCCCUGCUUAAAAAGCUCAACAACCCUGGGUAAUCCUUUGCAAAAAAAAAACCUCAACAACUCUGUGCCAUCUCCCCUCAUUUUCUUAAAUCUGAGUCCCUCAAAAAUCUGAGUCUUAUAACGGAAAAGUACGGUACUUCUUCACACAAGGCACAAUCAACUAUGGAGUUUCUCUGCCAUGAAAUGCGGUGAGCCAAAAGUGGUUUGAACAAAUCUGUGAAGGAAGAGCCUAUCAAAAGUGGCUGCCAGUUAGUUACUGGGCUAAGUGGUUGGUUUUUGGUGUGUGGGGUUUUUGUCAGUGAAGCUCUGUUGUGCAGCCUCUCGUCCCAGUUGCCCCUUCCAGUUCUUCUGUGUUAAAAUUUUGCAUUGGUACAGUGAACGAAGAGAGGAUCCCAGGAAUAUUGAGGCAUUUAACAGUUGCACUUCCUUGAAUUCAGUGGAUGCUGGCCCAGGGAAAAGAAUUUCAGCAGUUGUGGCCUUUUCCAUCCAUACUGGGAGAAGCAGCUCUUUAUCAAACCUUUUCCUGCCACAUAGUUAAACAGUGUAAGAGCAUUCAAGGGCAGGUAUUUUAAAUAUUUUUUGGAAUGUCCGAAAGCCUGAUGAGCUCAUUUUCUUUCUCCUUCUCUUCUGCGUUCUUUUGCUUCAUUUCCUCUGCCCUCUCCCUCCCGGUUCUCUCUCUGUUGGGAUCGUGCUACUUGCCACAGGAAGCGCAGAAGCAGGUAACACCCCCCCAGCGCAUCUCUCUGGCUGCCGGGCUGCAUCAUCUCACUCAUUGCACAGCUGCAUUCUUAACCUUCACGUGUCUUUUGUGGCUUCCAUCAGUGGCAACCCAUUUGUUCUGUCUCUUGACGGGAGGCACCGUGGGGUCAUGGCUCCCUCAGUCUGUUCGCCAUGUUCCAGACACGGUUUGUUUUUUCUCUGUGAGGCCCAGCAACCGACGUAUCUUCAUUGACUCGCUUUCAUUGUGCUCACUGUGUCUUGGCCUGUGUCCGGUGUGUCUGCUGUCCUUGUCUAGUCAGUGCCACUUAUGGCUGCUUUGCUUGACAUUUCUGUGGUCUUCACCAAUUCGCCCUGCUUAGGUCUGUGUCACCUGGUGGCUUUGAAGUAAGGCUUGGCUUUCUUUCCCCAAGUCUUGUGUAGUGUGACUUAUUCCAUGCCUUGAGCACUCCACUUCUUUCUGUGCAGUGAGGCCUAGUCUGCACUCGUGCCAGAACCUUAAUCACAACCUACAAAGGCACUUAGCUCAAUGGAAGACUCUCCGUCUGUAAAGGCAGCCUGCCUUGAAAGUACCAAAUGCUGGCAUCAAACAACAGCGUGUGGCCACCAUAUUUAUGCAGCAACGUUGUGUGACUUCAUGGUGCCCGGGGCAGGCAUGAACCCAGUGCCCCCCAUGCCAGUGCCCCCAGUGAGGCCCAGCCCAGUGCUCCUCUCCCUGAGGGUUGGUUCCUCCACCGCCGAGAGAAGAGCGCCCUGCUGCACUGGGGGCACCUGCUUCCUGUGCCCUCAAAAAUCCACGCCCAGGGCUAUAGCCCCUCUGGCACACCCCUGCCUUUAUGCUGUUCUUUGUGAGCUCCUAAGAAGUGUCUAGGAGGCCACAAUGAGAAAUAGGAAGCUUAUUCUGAUCCAGUGAUGCAAGUACAGUGGUACCUCUGGUUAUGUACUUAAUUCGUUCUGGAGGUCCGUUCUUAACCUGAAACUGUUCUUAACCUGAAGCACCACGUUAGCUAAUGGGGCCUCCCGCUGCUGCCGCCACACCGCUGUGCGAUUUCUGUUCUCAUCCUGAAGCAAUGUUCUUAACCUGAGGUACUAUUUCUGGGUUAGCAGAGUCUGUAACCUGAAGCGUAUGUAACCCGAGGUACCACUGUAUUAUGUUUUUAAGCCAGGGCUCCUGCCUUUUCCUGGCACAGAGGAAGAAAGCGCCUUCUGUUUGACAAGUUUGUCAUGCAGAUCUUAAUGAAAGAGCUGUUAAUGAAAUUUCUGCACUUGCACACUAUCAUACAAUACAAUACCCACAGGCCUGGCUUUGUUCAAUGCAAACCAAAGCUGUCCAAAUUACAACUGAAAUCUUCAGCAUAUUGGCACUGCCAGCCAUGGCUCUCUGUGGCUUUUUUUAUAGUUCUGUGGUUCAGUCUAUAUGGAACACCUCAAUACCCCAAUAUCUACUGAUAUCUUUAUUCUUUCCUCUCUGUUUCUCGCUCCUGCCAUGUUCUUUCCCUCCUUGCUUCUGCCAGGAGCACCAUGGUGAGGUGAGUCUUCAUGGGGUCAUCUGUUUCUUCUCUGACCCAUCGUGUGGGUUUUGCAGAGGUUCACUGGCUUCUAAGGCAGGCAAGCAAAAUAAUCAAGGGGUUGGAGCAGCUCCUGUAGGGAGGGGAGGUUACAACAUUUGGGGUUAUUUUGUUUAGAGAAAAGGUGAGUAAGUCAGCAGGACAGGGUAGAGGUGGAGAACUUCAGGCACAGUGGGGAGAAAGUGGACCGGGAGAAGUUUUGUUUCCUCUCCCAUAAUAUGGGAGCUCCAAGCCAGAGAAGCUGAAUGUUGGAAGAUUCAGGAUUGAUGUGGCGUGGCUUCAUACCAAGCAAGACGGUUGUCUAGCUAUUUUAUGCUCUGCCCCUGAGAGCUCCUUUAACGCAUCAAGUAGCAGUUAUUCCAAACUAGUAUUAUUCCAGGAUGGUUGGCUCAUAGAGGGAAUGCAAUUGGCAUUGAGCCGACAAAGGCUUCAAAUCCCCAUUUUCAGAGUUAACGCCGUCGGAGGGAUCAGAACUGUGAUGCUAAGAGUUAUCUGCUGACCUGCAUGUAGCUCUUGUCUCUACUAACCAGAAAUUCUCCGUGAAUCAAGAAUAAUUGUCUGGGGUUACUAAAACUGCUAGGGAGAUCUUUGGCAUGAGCACCUGUCACCUAAGAAAAAUGGAGAAACGAAAAAUUGUGGCUUGAGAUUUGCAGUUACGUCUGGAGGAGCAGUAGUACAUAGGGUACAGAUCCCAGGAUCUUCUCAGAGGGCAGGGGUGGACCUGUGUCUUUGGCUCACUGACUUGAAAUUACCAGUCAAAGUGACUUCUCUAGACAUUGAACAGGUUUAUCAGGCUGGAGGGCAGCCAAACACAGGACUUAGUGCUAUGAUUCUAAAGUUAAAGGAGCAGCACUUGAAGGUGUGCAUAAAUGUUCACAUGAUGAAAUAUGGGGAGAGCACAAUUCUGAUUUUUCAAGAUUAAAGUUAAGGGGGUAACCGGGUUUUAGACCCAUUACUGCUGCAAAAGGGCAUGAGUGUUAAGUGGUAGGGGGCUUCCCUUUCAAGCUGGCUUUCUGGCAUAAAUAUAAGUUCUAUACCGCACCUACUCUAACAGAUGCAGGUGUGCUACUAUCCAAAGUACGCCUGGAAAUCUCAGAAGGGCUGCAAGGAUCUGAUCCCAGCUGACAACAGCUGGGAUAAAGAACACGAUAAAACAGUAUGUUUGUGCAUGUCUGUUUUCCUUGCCCUGGGAAGAGCAGAAGGGGCGUUCUAAAAGCAAGAACCUUUGGAUUGCAACAGCCCGCCCCCCAGGAGCUAAGAAAGAGAGCAGAGCCACCAAGUGAUAUCCAUCAAGGCCCUCUCUUUAUAUUCUUUUAAUGUUCUGGUUUAUGUUUACCCUGGUGGGGGGUUUUCGUUUCAUAUAUAGUUUAACUGUCCCCAUUUUUUACUGCCACCUCACACUGCAUUACUGCCCUUUAUUGUGAAACAUUUCUUAUGAUCUGGCCCUGAGGGGGGGCAUCUAUACUGCCAAUCUUAUGUCGUCAACCCCCAUUGCUCACCCUCGAUUAUAUAAGGAGUGGAUAUACACCUGAUCUUCAAAGGUGGCAUAGCUGAUCCCUCAGCUCCCUUUCUGAAGCUCACCCUGGAGAGGCUGCAAUUGACAGAAAAUCCAUUUUACAGAACAACACUCAAAAUCUGGAGGGGCUCCGUCAAAGUCUUGGCUCCAACACCCUCUCCUCUUACUCCAUUUGGAGAACACCCUCGUUUUCAAUCUACUUUUGAGAGUGGUCACUUUGGUCAUUGGGCAGUCAAGAGUUUCUUCUGUGUUUUGGAUCUGUUAGAAGGCAACGAAUGAGCAGCCGUGCCUGAAGCUCAUUGGCACUCUGGUGAGCGGUUUUCAAAUGGUGCAAAUUCAAUCUUUUAGUGCACUUGUCCUUAGAACGUAAGGCCCACUCAGAAUGCUCACCUUUUAUGAGCACAUUUGUAUGGGCUUGUCUGGAAACUUGAAAGGGGCGGUUUCUAUUGGUAAAACCUAUUGGUGUUUCGCAACUUUCAGACUAGUUGCAGGACCUUAGCCAGACCCAGCAGAGUACACGCAGAAUCCACGGAAGCAAUUGGCAACUUGGCUGCAGACAAGAUAGACGAAGCAGGAACCAGGAACUUGUAGUUAGGUGUUUAUUAUAUACAGUGGACUAUUUACAGGAACAGAACACGGAUCUUUUGCUAGCUCUCUCUGACACGACUCACAGCUCCUACACUGACACAGAACUCUGAACACUGAACUCCUGAACUAACACAUUCCAGUUAGUAGGCCAUUAAUUAUCACUCCCUUGAGAGAGCUUGACCAAUCAGGGAGCUACCUCCAUGUCUCUGUUAUCACCAGGCAAACUUACUCCUUCACAUGACCUUCUGGCUGUCUGCCAAACCUUAAUUGACUCUGUGUGAGUAGCUGUACGUACACAGAUUCCCAACAGUUUCUUUAUUGUAAAGUACAAAGGAUUUCUGUCGGAAGAGGGAGGGACAGCAUCUAGUCUGAGAGAGGGAGGCUGAUCUGGGCAGAAAUAUUGAUGAAGGAGAGUUGAGAGUCCAAUGAAGCAAACUCCGCUCAGUUUCAGCCAGAGUUAAAGAACUGGUGCAUCAGGUGGGUCUCUGAUGAUACAGUGCACCUGUUACAAUGGGAAGAGUAAACUGAAAUCUGCCCAUGCAGUGCUGGUGGGGUUGCUGCAUAUUGGGCAUGGACUACCACAGAUGGUAGUUGUGCCUAGUAGUGGCAGCUUUUCGGACCUGCGUUUUUCAGGAAAUCUUGGUGAUUGUUUCUGCAGCUUAUUUUCUCAGACCCAGCUCUGACUCUGUUGUCUGUCUUUUCAUCAAGUAUGAAACAGGUGAUCUAUGAAGAAUUUAGCCUCUUUUUUUUAAAGUGGCUAUUAAGCUAGAAAUCACCCCUUCUUGGAGUUCUCAUUCUCCCUUUGCUUUGGAGGGUUGCUGGGCAAAGUGUGUCAGAUUUGCUGGUGUAAGGGUCUUGCUAAGGGUUCUCGAGUCAAAGGUACCUGGUGGCCUCUUCUGGUGUUUAUUGGUUGUAAGGAUAGCUAAGUUGGACCUCCUCUCUCAAAACCCAGCUUUGAGAGGCAUUUUAUUUGGGACUGUGACCACCUACAAAGACAAGUACAGUCAAACCUUGGUUGUUGAAUGGAAUCUGUUCCAGAAGCCUAGUCAGCUUCCGAAAUGUUCGACAAGCGAGGCACGGCUUCCAGUUGGUUGCAAGAGCUUCCUGCACUCAGCGGAAGCCACAUCGGACGUUCAGCUUCCAAAAAACUUUUGAAACUGGAGCAUUUACUUCCACGUUUUCAGCAUUUGGGAGUCAAAACGUUCCAAAACAGAGCUGUUCAGGAAUUGAGGUUUGACUGUAUACCCUAUACAUACUGUAGUUUUCACUCCAUAAGACACACUUUUUUCCUCCUAAAAAGUAAGGGGAAAUGUCUGUGCGUCUUAUGGAGCGAAUGUGUGGACGAUCGGUGGCUCACUUUCUGGCCCCGCCCCCUUGCCCAGGCCUCCAUUGUUGAAUGUUCUGCAGACGGAGGCUGUUAGUUUCCCCAGUGACAAAUGACUGGCUGAUAGUCAGAUUAUCUGUCUGGAAACUGUAGCAACGGUUCCCUUUCCUUUCCUAAAGAAGCUGCAGAACUGAGUUGAACCCCAUAAAAACAGGAUUUUCCCCCUUUGUAAAAGAAGCUGCACAACUUUGAGCUGAUCCUCAAAAAACUGGGGCUUUCCCCCUUUCCUCCUCUAAAAACUAGGUGCGUCUUAUGGAGCGAAAAAUACGGCAGCGUGUUUUUUGCAGCCCUGCAGUGCUGUUCCAUAGUAUCCAGGAUACUAAUUGUAGUUCCAUUGUGUUGUUUUUUCUAUUACCUGGUUUUUACUUCUUGGUGUUUUAAUUGUUCUGCCUAUCUAAAUAAAAUAAAGAGAGCACUUCUUCAUACAGCACCAUGGAAUUAGAUGGCUUUAGAAAAGGAUUAAACCAAUUCAUGGGGGAAUAAGGCUGUGUUCCGCUGUCAGAGGCAGUAUGCAUGUGAACACCUGUUUCUGGGAAUCACCUGCUUGGAGGCUUCUCAUAGGCAUCUGGUUGGCCACUGUGAGCUCAGAGAGGCCUUUGUCCUGAUCCAGCGGGACUGUUCUUACAUCCUUGUGUCUUGCUGUUGCAAUGCAGCUGGCUUCGGGCUUACGAGAGCGCUAGCUCCUUCCACUUCAGCAACUAUUUUGUGGGCUUCCUGUCCGAAACAACGGCCACGUUGGCAGGGUCUGGCUUCACGGAGGAGAAAGACAACCUGAAAUGGUGAGUGUUGUUGCAAGGGGGGGGGGGGAGAGGUGAGGUGGGGUGGGUGCCUAGGGUACUAUACCUAAAAAUGUAACCUCCUUAAAUCCCACAAACAGGUAAAUCAGAAAACAGGUGUUAAAGUAACUUUUAUGCAUAGCCCAGUCUGCUGGAAUAGUUUUUGCAAAUGUGUUAAAUGUGGGCAGGUUCCCCCCUCCCUGGUUUGCUUUUUGGUGGGUAGCUAUUAAUAAUAAUGGCUUUGAUUCAGACUCAGUUGAAUUUAGUCUGCAAUCUGAACUGUACUUACCUGGGAGUUAAGCUCCGUUGAAUUCAGUGGGACUUACUUCUGGCUAGUCAUGAUUCGGAUUAUCGCCUCCUGUUGCCAGGUCAGUGGAGACUUUCCUUGAAUCCAAAGAUUCCCCCCUUCCUGAUUUCUAUUUCUUUUUAAAUAAAAUAUAUUUUAUUUUUAUUUUUUUAAAAAAUUUUAUUGAAGAAUUUUAACAUAACAAAUUGUCAAGCCAUUUAAGCAAUUACAUUAUUUCCCCCCCCCAUCCCUCCCUGUCGCUCCCACCGAAGACUUCCCUCAGCUCCCCUCUCUGAUUUCUUUGCACAUAUCGCUCUCUGCAUAUUAUAAAAUUGUACAUACAUUGGUACCUCUAGAUACGAACAGGAUCCGUUCCGGAGCCCCGUUCGCUUCUAGAGAUAAACGUAUCUAGCAACGGCACGUCUGCGCACGCGCGCAUCGCUUUUCACCGCUUCUGCGCAUGAUGUCAUUUUGAACGUCUGUGCAUGCGCAAGCGGCAAAACCCGGAAGUAACACGCUCCGUUACUUCCGGGUUGCCACGGUGCGCAACUCAAACGCGCUCAACUCGAAGCGUAUUUAACCCAAGGUAUGACUGUAUCUUUAUUAUGUCUAUCAUAUGUUCACCUAAUAAGUUUGCAGAUGUUUAUUCAAAACCUGCCAAGGAGUCCAGUUCAUUUUGUUGUCUUUUUAGAUAAUUUGUGAAAAGCUCCCAUUCUUCCUUAAAGUCAGUUGUCGUUGUCCCACAAUUUGUAUGUCAAUUUAGCCAGCUCUGCAUAGUUCAUCAGUUUUUCUUGCCAUUGUUCUUUCGUUGGGAUUUCCUCAUUCUUCCAUCCUUGUGCAAUCAAGACUCUUGCCGCUGUUGUAGCAUACAUAAAUAAAUUCUUUGUUUUUCUUGGCAAAUCCCUAUCAAAAAAUGCUUCCUGAUUUCUGGCCUUCAUAAUGAUUUUAUUCCCUCCUCCUUCCAGGGAUCUGACAGUGUCUCGCCCAUUGAAUGUGGAGCUGCCCCGUUCCAUGGUGGAGGUUGUCACCAGCUGGAACCUGCCCAUGUCCCGUUGGCUGAACUCCUGUAAGGAUGUGUACACCUGCUGUGUUAGUUAUGUGGAGCCUUAGAAACAGGCUGCAUGAGGACCCUCAGCCUUGGGCAUCUGUGUCUGACUCGCCCCUGACAAUGGCUCCCUGAGGAAGGGAGGUCAGUGACCCCUUACGGCAGGGAUGGGGAACCUGUGGCCCCCCCAGAAGAUGCUUCCCAGCAUAGUUAGGUUCUUGGGUCUCCCAUUGUCUUCACCCCUCUCUUACUACUGGGAAGGGGGAUGUAGAAUACCCAGAACUCCUCUCUCUAUUGCUCUAAGUAUUUACAAAUCCUGGGGGUAGACUUGAGAUAAUAUAGUAGGGUUGAUCCACACGUGCAGAUUGGGGAGUGGGGAAAAGAUUUCAGAUCUGUGAGCCCUGAAAUGGACUAAGUUAUCUUCUCAUCCAAUUGCUGGACAUUUCGACAGAUCCAAAUCUCUUUUCCUCUCACUAGUCAAGAGGUAAAGGAGCCCCUUUUAAGUAGGUUCUGGGCUGACGAAAAAGGAAGUACUUCUUCACACAAGGUGUGAUUAACCUGUGGAGUUUCUCUACCAUGAAAUGUGAUGGAUUUAAAAUAGUCUGAACGGAUUUGUGGAGGAUGAGCCCAUCCAAAGCUGCUUGGCAGGAUGGCUAAAUGGAGCUUCCAUGUUAGGAGGCAGUCUACCUAUGAUUUCCAUAUGAUAUGGUUAAAUGACAAAGGGAAGACGUCCCAAAAGUGUCCAGGUGGCCAGUAUUGGGAACAGAAUGCUGAAACAAGAUACAUAGCGAACGUGUACUCUCCAGAUAUUGUUGGACUCCAAAUGCCAUCAGCCUCAGCCAGCAUGACUAGUGAUCAGGGGUGAUAGGAGUUGUAGUCCAGCAAGAUCGGGAAGAGCCACAUUUUCCUUUCCCUCAAAAUUAAUCUCAAACGGCAAGGCUGUUCAGAUUCUUAAGUCUGUGGAAGCGUCAUGCCCUAGAACUGGCCAGGUAUGAGAGAUUCCCACCAAUCCAGUGCUAUGUGGGAAGAAGAGGAGUGACAGCUUCCAGAAAAUACUUUGAAACUCAGUGGCCGAGUGCCUGGAACAGGUAAACGUAGUAGCUUGAAGUAAAUGCCUUUUACUGCAUCUCAGUUGAGGUGGGGAAAAGCUGGCCAGGGCAUCCAGUAGGAAGCAGAACGUUCUGUCCCAUCACUAACUUUCUCCGCCUGUUUCCAGAUGUCUUCAAGAACUCCCUGAAACUGGGAACCUUUUCAGCAAUCAUUGUAACCUAUGCAGCUAGUGCCCUCCUACAUGUGAGUAUCCCUUUACAGAAGCCACUAUAUCCCGUUCCUUGGUCGCACCCUGUCAUGAUGAAACAUGUACUGAUUUGUUUAUCUCAAACAUUUGUGCCCCAUCUUUCUACCUGUAAGAGGCGCCAAGGCAGCUCACAAUCACAUGGACUAGUCCCCAGGCAUUUUGGCAGUGUUUCACCCCGCCUCUGGGUGCUGUCUAAAGUAGGUUGCUUUGCCCUGCUGCAAGGCAGAGCUGGCCUGACCAUCCCUCCCUUUCACUAAUGGCUACUCAGGACAAACCUGUUGAUCUUCAUCAGUUUCCUUCCCAAUAUGCACCAAAUGGCUGCCAGGCAGAGGUGGAAAUGGCAGCAGGUGACAGCUCCAGGGUGCUCUAAGUGCUAUAUAUGGAAAAGAGGCAUUGUGAUCCCCUGCCAAGCCCUAAGGAAGACGCAGAUGUCUAUGAGACAGGCUGAUCCGCUCAGAGAGGAACCUUGAGGGCCUUCUGUGGCCUCCCAUUGUAAGGACAGGGCCUAUUUACCUUCCUUGAGCUCAGAGGAUGAAUCCCUGGUCAUCUCCAGCCCCAUGUAGAAGCCAGCGAUUGUAGAAGCAGACCUUCAAGAGGUCAAGGCUAACUGCAGUACAGUGGUACCUCGGGUUAAGAACUUAAUUCGUUCUGGAGAUCCAUUCUUAACCUGAAACUGUUCUUAACCUGAAGCACCACUUUAGCUAAUGGGGCCUCCUGCUGCUGUCGCGCCACCGGAGCACGAUUUCUGUUCUCAUCCUGAAGCAAAGUUCUCAACCCGAGGUACUAUUUCUGCGUUAGCGGAGUCUGUAACCUGAAGCAUCUGUAACCCGAGGUACCACUGUAUAGGUCUUGCCAGCUGCCUUAAGGCUUCAGCUCUUUGCUGAAGCAACAUCACUCUGUAGCUGCAACAGGAGGGAGAGCUGCAGAUGGGAGGGCCCACUGGCAGCUGCCCAUGGUCCUGAGUUCCCUGAUCUCUCCUGAAAGAGACUCCACAUGACUUUGCCAGCCCAGAAGAGAUUCUGCUCUUCCCUUGUAAAGGUAAAGGUAAAGGUAAAGGAACACCUGACCAUUAGGUCCAGUCAUGACCGACUCUGGGGUUGUGGUGCUCAUCUCGCUUUAAUGGCCGAGGGAGCCGGCGUACAGCUUCCAGGUCAUGUGGCCAGCAUGACUAAGCCGCUUCUGGCAAACCAGAGCAGUGCACGGAAACACCAUUUACCUUCCCUCUGGAGCGGUACCUAUUUAUCUACUUGCAUUUUUGGAGUGCUUUUGAACUGCUAGGUGGGCAGGAGCUGGGACCGAGCAACAGGAGCUCACCCCGUCGCGGGUGUUCGAACUGCCGAGCUUCUGAUCAGCAAGUCCUAGGCUCUGUGGUUUAACCCACAGCGCCACCUGCGUCCCAUCCUCCCUUCUGAGACCCCCCAAAAAGAGCUGCUUGCAAUCAGCAAGACUUCAGGGGAGUGGGCACUAUUACAUGGGGGUCCAGAACUGCCAUUUGCCUUUGCUUCAUUAAGCCUCUUCUUGGGAGGGGGAGACCCUUAAAAAGCAGUUAGUUUUCUUCAAGAAUGCAAGCAAGACACAACCCCUGUCCUGAGAUUGCUGCUCCAACUGAAGAACCGCCUCUCUUCCUCUUCCUUCCCAGGGGCUGAGCUUCCACCUGGCGGCUGUGCUGCUCUCCCUGGGGUUUAUCACUUACAUUGAACACGGUGAGUUCCCUCUUUCCUUUGGUUGAGGACCAAAUCCGGGUGGUUCUUUACCUCCAUCUAGCCUUGACCCAGAAAUUGGCCCAGUUUAGACAUAAAGACAGGUCAUGGUUUGUUACAUGCAUGCCCCCUCCUCCCCUUGGUCCCUCCUUUGCACUCGCGGGGAUGGCAUUCAAAGCUUUCUUUUGCCGUAUGUAACAAACCACAGUGAUCAGUUUAAUCCAAGUACAGGAAACUGUGCUUUGAAUAAACCACAAUCAGUUAACAAGCCAUGAUCCUAAAACCAGUACAGUGGUGCCUCGCAAGACGAAAUUAAUUCGUUCUGCGAGCUUUUUCAUCUUGCGAAUUUUUCGUCUUGCGAAGCACGGUUUUAACGGUAUUAACGGUUUUAAGAAAAAGGAAACAAACUCGCAAGACGUUUUCGUCUUGCGAAGCAAGCCCAUAGGGAAAUUCGUCUUGCGAAGCAACUCAAAAAACGAAAAACUCUUUCGUCUUGCGAGUUUUUCGUCUUGCGAGGCAUUUGCCUUUUGCAAGGUACCACUGUAUUUAGGCUUUAAGCAGCAAAUACAGCUCUUGAGCACAGCCUCUCACAUGCAACCACUUCUUUCUUUCUUUCAAUAAUUUUUAUUGGUUUUACAAAAUAAAUCACAAUUAACAUUUUUCAAUAAAAUCUAAAAUAAAGCAAGAUUCUUCCAAAUCUUAGGACUUCCCUCCUCGCCUCCGUGGGUCCUUUAAGUAUCUUAAUCAACUGCAUAUUAUAGUUCAUCCGAAUUACAGUUCUCCAAUAUAUCCAAAGUUGAUGUAACAUUGCAAGUCAUUCAAAGCCUGCCAAAGAGUUCAAGUGUUUACACUGUUCUUUUAAGUACAAUCUAUAUUUGUCCUAUUGUCUAUUGAAGUUUUGAUCUUCCUGAUUUCUGUUUUUCCCUGUCAGUCUUGCAAUCUCUGCAUAGUCAAGUAAUUUCAUCCUCCAUUCCGACUUUGUCAGUAUCUUGUCUUCUUUCCAUCACUGGGCAAUCAACAUCCUUGCAGCUGUAGUCACAUACAUGAACAUGCACCUAAAAUUCCUGGUCUUUCAAAAAAAGUUAUUUUUUAAAAAUGCAUUAUAUAUAAUUUCCCAGAAUUCCUUUGUCUUUUUACAAUUCCACCAUGUAUGUUAAAAGGUGCCCUCUUUCCUUACAUUUCCAACAGAGAUUUGAGUUAGUUCUAUACAUUUUCGCUAACUUACUGGGACCACCGCUUUCUUUCUGCCUAGUUCUCCGGAAGAGGCUCGCCGUCAUCUUUGAUGCCUGCAUACUCUCCAAGAGGUGCCCGCCAGGGUGUUCACAUCGCCACAACACGGUGAGAUGGGCCUUGGGUUCUGAGGAUCUACGGGUGCCCCUUUAUGCUGCCACACCAAUGGUCUGGCAGCUCAAUAUAUACAGUGAUGAUACGAUACGAUAAUCUUUAUUGUCAUUGUCCCAUACAGAACAACGAAAUUGAAAAAUCUACACAAGACAUUCAAAAACCAACAAGCCUGCUAUCCCAACCUGGUUAGCCCCCUAAAAACUCUGAUACCCCAUUUUUAAAUACAAUAUACUCCAUAGAGACUCCUUACACUGCUUUUAAAACCAAAAUCGCAUUUGGAUAGAAACUGUUUCUCAGUCCUAGUCUUUAUAACCCUAUACCUUCUUCCAGAAGCCAGAAGCUGAAAGAGAUCAUUUCCAGGGUGUGCACUAUCCUGUGCUAUCUCUGCAGCUUUCUUAUGGCACCAGGAAGCAUAGAUUUGAUCCAAGGUGGGAAGCGUGCACCCAGUUAUUCUCUCCGCUUUACAACCCUGGACAGCAUAGUUUUUUCCCUGACUGUGUAGCCCCCAAACCACACACAGAGACCAUAAGUUAAUACACUCUCCACAGUAGAAUGGUAAAAUGCCAUCAACAGGUCCUUUGAGAGAUUGUUUUUUCGAGUGGACACUCGGGUUGCGAACGUGAUCCAUGCGGGAAGCACUUUCGCAGCGCCGCAUCUGCCCACGCGCAGGUUGCGAUUCAGCGCUUCUGCACAUGCGCAAAGCACGAUUUAGUGCUUCUGGACAUGCGCAAGUGCCAAAACCCGGAAGUAACUCAUUCUGGUACUUCCAGGUUUGGAGCAGUACGCAAUCCAAAAUCCCGAAGUGUCUGUAGCCCGAGGUAUGACUGUAUGGUCUUCCUGGUGCCUCAGGUCUCAUGCGGAUGUCUUUUCUGCUCUGCCUCCUGUGUUCCUUUUUUAGGAUGGGGGUGGGUGCAGCUGAACAUGCCAAGUGUGCUCAUUACUCCUCGCUUGGUUCCAUCCCUGCCGGUUAUAGCAGAGUGAUUCCUGGUUGGGUGCACCUGGACUGAGCCUCCACUUCUUCUUCUUCUCCUGCAGAGUCUUUGGGUUUACCUCCUCAACCUGCUCUUUGGAGCGCUCGCCAUUUUCCACUUGUCCUACCUCGGCUCGUUAUUUGACAUGGAUGCAGACGACUCCGUGGAAGAGCAGGUAAAAGGGGCAAAGCCCAGAUUCAUUGGGCCGUUGUGGUGGCCAUACUUGAGGACAACAACAACAAACCUAUGGUUACGUGAAAGAUACUCAGUAAACACACAAGACGUAACUGGCUGUACUUUUGAAUUAAUAAGGGAUACUAUUCAUUAUAUCAAAUUGUAGAUUCCAACAGAAGUCUCAUAAAGUUCAACAAAAAAAGCAGAAGACCCAGUGGAUCAGUUCAUUCUCUAGUCAGUUCAUGAACUUUAUGAGACUUCGGUUGGAAUCUACAAUUUGAUAUAAUGAAUAGUAUACCUUAUUUAUUCAAAAGCAGCCGGUUACGUCUUGUGUGUUUAUUGAGCAUACUUUAGGACAGGCACAUCCAGCUCCCAAGAGACUGCGAUCUACUCACAAUAUAAAAAGACCGGCCAUUGUCAUUGCCAGGAGCUGUUGAGCUUUUUAAAGAGAAAAGUGGACCAAAGUUGUUGAGCUUUUUGGGGGAAUCAAAAAGGAACACUGAGGUGAUAGUGGAAACAUUGAAGAAGCAGGACGAGGCAGGAGGCCCCAGAAGCAGGGCAGACUUUGGUCUUUCAAAUUUCCACAGUGCCCUCUGCAAGCUCAAAAUCCAGAGCCCUAUGCCUCUUGCCUUCUGUUCUACAGUGGUGCCUCGCAAGACAAAAUUAAUUCGUUCCGCGAGUUUUUUCGUCUUGCGGUUUUUUUCGUCUUGCGAAGCAUGGUGUCGGAAAAGUUUUGGAAAAGCUUCAAAAAUCACCAAAGUCUUCAAAAACCUCAAAAAAGGCUACCACACCGCGUGCUAUGAGUUGCUCCUCGAAGUCAAGUCGCAACUGUAUUAACAGUUUUAAGAAAAAGGAAACAAACGUGCAAGACGUUUCCGUCUUGCGAAGCAAGCCCAUAGGGAAAAUCGUCUUGCGAAGCAACUCAGAAAACCAAAAACCCUUUCGUUUUGCGAGUUUUCCGUCUUGCGAGGCAUUCGUCUUGCGAGGUACCACUGUACUCAAUUUACUCUAUCAUAUUUGCGGCACCCUGCAGCGCCCCCUAGGCUCAGCGCUCAGCAUGGCAAAACUGUUUGCGCUGCACUAAACCUGCACUAAAGCCCUGCACUUUCUGGGGAAGAGGGAUUACUUACAAAUUACACUAUUUUUUGAAAAAGAAAAUAAAUGCCGUUCUGUGGCAUAGGCUGGGCCCACUGAUUGCUGCAGAAAGAUUGUGAUGCAUUGGGGGGGGCAGCUAAACCUGCAUGCCUGGAGUCUCCCUCCCUUUCAGCACCUCCUUCUUUGUCUGUGUUAAGCUUACAUUUGUAAUAACUUUCUCUCCUUACCCUGCAGGGCUACGGGAUGUCCUACACCAUGCACAAAUGGUCUGAGCUGAGCUGGGCCAGCCACUGGGCAACCUUCGCCUCCUGGGUCUUCUACCGCCUCAUCAGCUGAGCUGCGUCCUCUGUGCCGACUUGAGGAGACGGGGCAGAAGUCCAGGAAGGAGAGGCGGAACCAGCAGACCUCGUCUCCUUCAAGGAAGUCGGAUGCCGUCCCGGGCUUGUGCACCCCUGGACACGCUGGCUGGCCCCUUUCCCCCCUCUCGGGACACUUAUGGAGGAAGGGGCCUCUGGGCAGGGCAUACUGUGUUCUGCCACGCCGUGGCAGGCCCUGACCCUAUGCCCUCACAAAAGGAAGAAAAUCAGGUCCCAUGUGGAAAGGGGCUGCUGAGAAAGGUGGCCCAAACACACAGAGGUGGUCUUGCUUUUGGUUUUAGACUUCCUUCCCUCCUUCUGCCCCCAUUUCAUGAUGGUUUGGGGACACAACAUCCCCCGCCCCCCUGGGAAAUUGUCUGCCCAUCUUGGGGCUCCCCUUAAUGACCAGUUGUGGAAGUUGCAGCACCGUUUCUCCUCCUUGUAUGAUUUAAAAUGUGAUUGUUUUAUGUUAGAGCCGUUGCCCCACAUUCUCCCCAUGCAUGCUCUCUUAUUAGCUCCUUUUGCUCCCUUGCGGCUGACUGUCAGAACUGCACCGGCUGCUGUCAUGGCAUCCCUGGUUUUUGUUGGGAUUAUGGGCUCUUUCUUCAGUAAAGUCUGAUGAUUGGUUGAUUGUAAUCACCGUCUCUUUUAAACUGUAUGUGGGUUUCUGUCGUCUCCCCUUCGCUGUCUCUGAGGGAAGGGCAGGGGAUGCAGAUUAAGGAGGUUAUGGUACCUGCGUUUCCAAGUAGGGCCGGCCCACCCAUGAGGCAAGGUGAGGCAGCUGCCUCAGGUGGCAGGAUCCACAGGGACAACAGAACCAACCUCCAAGAAAUACAGUCAUACCUCAUGUUACGUUUGCUUCAGGUUGAGCAUUUCCAGGUUGCAUCCCGCAGCGACCCAGAAGUACUAGAAAGAGUUACUUCCGGGUUUCACCGCUCGCUUAUGAGCAGACGUGCAAAAUGAUGUCGCAUGCACGCGCAGAAGUGGCGAAUGGUGACCCGCAGACGUGGGUUGCGUUCUGCUCAUGUUGCAAACGGGCCUCCGGAACGGACCCUGUUCGCAACCAGAGGUACCACUGUACAUCGCCUGCUGUUGCUGCCACUGCACUCCCCCCUUGUUCCCAAAGUAGAUCUUGAAUCCCUCCUUGUUCCUGAUGUAGGUCUUCACUCGCCCGUUCUUCCCUGGCAGGUGGGGAGCGCACAAUUUUGUGGUUUGCCUCAGGUGCCAAAAUGUCUUGGGCUGGCCCUGUUUCCAAGAUCUCGCUUUUCAAAGGCUUAGGGAUUUUUGCAGAAAGAAUAAAAGGACAGGGAGCGGAGGGCUGGAUGGCUGAGGGGCAGGAAACUAUAGACAUGCAGAGUGAUCAAUGGGAGCCGUCCAGUGAACUGAAGCUUUGCCUAUUCAAGACCAGUGGAAUUCCUGUUUAUUCCUCUGCAACCAUAUGGACUAGAAACUUGUUCCAUUGCCCCACCCCCGAAAACUCAGAUGCUCAAGUUACUAACUCCAUGCCAGAUUAUAUGUAGAUGCUCAGAAUACAUACCAUAAAAGCUAUAUUUCAGAAUUUUAUAAAAUGGAAUAAUUA